GCUACAAUAAAUCAUACUUUAAUUUGGAAUGUAAACAAGCUUCUGAAAGAAAUGCCAUAGUCAUGAUUAGAAUAAGGUAUAUAAACCCAUACUUUAUUCUUUAUUCGCUCAUCAUGAUGCUUUUCACUGCUUAUUUUGCCUUGAUCCUUGGAUUUGCCUCGGCCACAACAGAGUUAGAACGUAGAGCAGAAACAGGAGAAAGUUUGAUGAUCUAUGGCUACAAUCCUCCACGUAUCAAUCCUGAUUUCUGUAAGGGUUUCCGUAUUGAUGCUCCUGUUGCUCCUGGUCUUGCACUCGAAGCUGGCUCAAUUCAACAACUCAAAUGGACUGUAGACGAAGACCUUGAUUUUUCUCCUGAUAUUAUUACCCGUAUUCGUGUCAUGAAUUCUACACAGCACAACCAAUAUGUUGUGGGUGAAAAUAUCACUCUUUUUACUGAGGGUAAUUCUGGUUCUGUUGCUUUCCCUCUCAAAGUAGACGAUGUUACAGGUCUUUAUCAUUACCGUAUCAUGGUCAACUACAUUGGUAGACAUCCUCACUGUGUGUAUGAAUCAGUGCCCUUUAUGGUUGUACAGAAUCCUUUCAGAAAGUACAUUGGGGCUGGUCCUGCUAAAGUAUUAGUAGAUCCUACUUAUACACUUUAUGAUCUCAAUACCGUGAUAAUCGACCAAUUCGGUAAUACUAUUAGUUAAAUAAAGCCCUUGAUUGAAAACAUAAGA